CCGCGCUGUCGUUCAAUCAGUGACGUGGAUUUUCAUUCAGGCAGUCAGUGCUGCCAAAAAAAUACAGACUCCAGCGUCUCGCAGCUUUUCCACCAACUUCUCCUCCUAUUUAGAAGUUGGACCACUCAUUUCUUUCUUCCUCUGUGGAGCCACAGCUCUGAUAACAGUCUCCAGAAUGAGUAAAAACAGCAAAGUGUUGAACCUGAAGGAUAAAAUCAGUGGGAAUGAAGUGGACCUGAGCCUGUGUAACCUCACCGAGGUACCAGUCAGAGAGCUGGCUUUAUUCACCAAAGCAACAGUCGUGGAUUUGUCCUGCAACAACAUUACCUCCCUUCCUCCAGAGUUCUGCAACCUGACCCACCUGGUGAAGGUGGAUCUGAGUAAAAACCAGCUGACCUGUCUACCAGAUGACAUCGGGAACCUAGCCAGCCUUCAACAUCUGGACCUGUACAACAACAAGCUGACCGUCCUGCCUGCCAGCUUCUCUCAGCUCAGGAGUCUGAAGUGGUUGGAUCUGAAGGAUAACCCUCUGGAGGUCGACCUGGCCAAGGCAGCAGGGGACUGUCUGGAUGAGAAACAGUGCAAACAGUGUGCCUCCAAGGUUCUGCAGCACAUGAGAGCCAUUCAGGACGAGGUCGAUCGUGCACGAGAGAAACGCCUUUUGAGAGAAAAAGAGCUGGAGAAGAAGAAGGAGGCGAAGCAGAGGGAGCGGGAGGCCCGAGAGAAGGAGGCUCGCAAACGGGAGAAGGCGGAGGAGAAGGAGAAGAGGAGGAAAGAGUACAACGCUCAGAUGGCGGCCGUGGCUGCGCGGGAACAACAGAAGAAGAAGAGCGAGGAGAAGAAGAAGAAGAACGGACAGGCAGCAGAUAAAAAGGUCGUUGUGGAAUCGGCGCCUAAACCUCGGCGUUCUCUCAUCGGCCUGAUGUUCAAGCUCCUCCUCCUGCUGCUACUGGGAUUGGCCGGAGUCGCCGCCGCCUGCCGACUGACCGACCUGCAGAGGGAAGCCGUGUGCGUGCCGGUCAACGUCGCGGUGGACGACGGCCUAUCCUGGGCCAAAGAGCAGGAGGUCGUGGUCAGGCAGCUGGUGCAAAACCUGUCGACCGCAGCGAGGGAGUUCCUCGAAUCUACGCAAGCGUCUAAGAACUAAAACUAUCAUCCGCCUCCUCCAUCAAACUUCCAGAGCUGCAGGUUUUCCACUCCUACUUGCGAAAAGUCUGGGAUUUUUAUUUUAAUAUGCUGAAAUCAUGAAUCUCUUUAAGAUGGGGCAACCCUGCAUCCCCUCACCCUGUUUGAGGUGCUGGGAGGUGAAGAGUCUGUACAGAUAGAUGAGGGAGGGGGAUGGACAGAUGUGUUAAAAUCAUCUUAAAUUCCUAUGGAAUUGUUGUCGCUCUUGUACCCUCUUUGUACUACAGCCUGUUUUUAAGAAAAAAAACCUAAAAAAAACCCCAUCUUAAAUGUCUCCUUGUUGACCAUGUUUCACACUGUGACCCGAACCCGGAGCCAGUCUGUGUUUCCGGUGCAUUACAUGGAUCGUGGGUCGUAUUUGAGAGGUCAGGUCAGGUGGCCACGUCUGUGCUGCUCUGGAGUGUCACAUGUUAACCGCCAGUCAGAGUUGUGCAUCAGCCAGUGUUAGAUGUCUGAGCAUGUGCAGUGACGGCUGUGUGAAUGUAGAACUCGCUCGUCUAUAGUCUCACAUCAGUAAAUCUCACAGCUAACACGCGCGCCGUCUGGCAUGCAAACCCAACUGAUACGUGAGUGGAUUUAUCUUAUUUAAUCACAGAUAUAAAUAACGGUAUCUGGCUAAUAACUGAUGAGUCCCAGUACAGAAAUGCCAAAGAUGUGUCUGAGGUAAUUUAGAAACAGUGUUGUCUUAUAUUGUUUGUCCACCGGAGAGCAAAAUGUCCGCUCUGUACACUACUGUUAAUGAUUAAUUGAUUUACAGAUAUAAUUUCCUUAAGAAUAACUUAUUAAUUGACUAAUUGUUUCAGCUCUAGUCUGUUAAAAAACUAAUAUGGGCCGAUAAUAACUGAUAUCUGUAUUGACCUCCAGUAUCAGUCACACACCCUCCCAGUGCACAAACUGUACUAAAAGGACCAUACCAACAAAUAUCCAUAUUACACCUCAUGCUAUUGUGUUUUAGACCUUUGGAUGUAUUUUACCAACUUUCCCUCCACUUGUUGGUUUCCAUUAAUUUUUGUGAAGUCUGAAAAGUAAUCAGGAAACUCUUGAAGACUGUUUAAUCCAUCACAGUAAACAAAGUCUGCUGUGAUUUGUGUUUUAAAGUGAAAUUACUGUAACGAGAUAAUGUCACAUUUCAACUUAAAUCUGCACUUUAACAGCUAUAUCACACACAAAUAAUAAUAUCCAUUAUGAUAAGAGAUAUACGCAGACUGUGAUUGUUGGAUAGAUUUCACACCUGUACCAAGUUUCAAGAGUCUGCUAGUUGAUUUUUAAUACUGCACAGACGGACGGUAGGAAAAAUACCGAAACACAGCAGCAAAAAUAGCAAAAAAGGUUGGUUGUAAUAUAAAGUACACAUGUUGUAUCACUUGUAAAAACAGUGGUAUGGUCCUUUUUUUAAAGAGUGCCGUGAUUACAUUUGUUAACUUAAUUCUAACUCAUAAUCCCUCAAUCCUCUGUUGAAUAAGGACAAGUGUUGAUAUUGAACUCGGUCCAAAGUUUGAGUUUCUUCUCGUAAUCACUCGUCUAUAAUGUGAAUAAUAGAAAUUAAAGGUUCUUUCAGUUUGACUGGUGACUUGCAACAAUUUUAAUUUCCCGGAGCGUCUUCAUGCAAAACUUUUAACCAGCUUUGCUGCUGUGGGUCUUGUACAGCUUUGUUCAUGCUCAAACAUUGUCAGCGUCAAUAAAAGGCUAUGCACUGCAAGAAA